AUGGAUGCAAAUGUGGUUGAUUGGGCAGGCUCAAAUGACCCAGACAUGCCUUUGAACUGGCCAAAGUACCGAAAGGUCGGCAUGAUUGCAGUGGUAACCGCAUGCCGAUUCACGUCAAUGCUCGCUUCCUCGAUGAUGUCUCCUGCUCUGGGGCAGAUCCAAGCCGAAUUCGAAAACUCUUCCCCAACCCUAAUCACCUUCACCGUUUCAAUCUAUAUUAUCGGUGUUGCGGUCGGACCCUUAGUUCUUGCCCCGUUGUCCGAGACGUACGGACGCUCCUGGAUCUAUCAUGUCGGCAAUAUUUCGUACACCGGCUUCGCAGUAGGUUGUGCGCUCUCGCCCAGCGCUUCGGCAUUGCUGGUUUUUCGCUUCCUGGCUGGAUUAUCCGGAAGUAUUCCAGUCACAAAUGCGGGAGGUACAAUUGCCGAUAUGAUCCCCCGUGAGCGACGCGGUUUAAUCAACAGCGUCUUUGGAGCAGCUUUAAUUCUCUCGCCAGCACUGGCUCCGAUAGCAGGCGGCUUCCUGGCCGAAAGCAUGGGUUGGCGGUGGAUUUUCUGGUUGAUAACGAUCUUGAGCGGCGUGACCACUAUUAUUAGCUUCGCUGUCUUGAGAGAGACAUACAGUCCUGUUCUGCUACAACGCAAGGCAGCACAACUGCGCCGAGAAACAGGCAACAGCCAACUCCAGGCUCGAGGCAGGACACACCAGCUCCCCCUCGCCCAGAAACUGGGACGUGCCCUCCGACGACCAAUUAUUUUGCUGGCCGCCAGUCCUAUCUUGAUCAUAGCAUCUCUCUACCUCGCCUUCGUCUACGGCACCACCUAUCUCCUUCUCACGUCCAUGCCCCUGGUGUUUCAAGACGUAUACGGCUGGGGAGAGGGUGCACUGGGACUAUGUUCGCUCAGUCUUGGAAUUGGAUGUUUCAUCGGCGUCUUCAUAACGGGCAGGUAUAGUGAUCGUAUCUAUCAACGGAAGAAAGAACGGACAGACGAUGCCCAUCAACCGGAAUCCCGACUGUUCUUCCUCCUCCCAGCAGCAGUAGCUCUCCCUGCGAGCCUCUUCAUCUACGGGUGGACAGUGCACUUCAAAUCCCACUGGAUCGCCCCCCUAAUUGGCACCGGAACCUUUGGUGUAGGUCUAGUGUUCUCAUUCAACGCCAUAAACAACUACCUCAUCGACGCGUUCUCUAUAUACGCCGCCAGCGCUCUAGCAGCAAGCGGCCUCUUCCGAGGCAUAGCCGGCGGGCUGCUCCCGCUCAGUGGACCCAAGAUGUACGAACAUCUCGGCUACGGAUGGGGAAACACGCUCCUUGGUCUUUUGGCGGUUGGCUUUGGGGGCGUCUCGCUGGUUAUGUGGAGGUUUGGGAAGGAGUUGAGAAUGAGGUAUCCUGUGGAUUUGGAGUAG